AUGUCAGUGUCUUGUUGCUUUUGGGCUUUGCUUUCACUAGAAAAGUUCAAAUUUAUUUAUUUGCCUGACUUUAUAACGGACACUCAAAUAGGAUUAGGCAAAACAGCUGGUGACAUCUUGCUCUCGCAAUCUCUACUCCAGUUUAUUCAUCCCGAUGAACGGUCGAUGGCACAAACUGAUCUUUAUAAUUUCGUUAAAAUCAAGACACUCGCUGGUGCUGUAACCAGGUAUACACUCCCUUAUGUUUCUUUCUUUCUUUAUUUAAUUUUAUAUGCAGAUGCGGUAGAUUGGGAUAUCACUGAUGUUGUAAUGUAUACAGCCACCAACAACACUAUCUUGACCUUUUUCCAUUGCCCUAACACAGGUAAAAAAAAAAAAAGCUCCCCUUUUAAACUAGAGAAAAGUCUUGGUUUACCGGAAGGGAUUGAUUUCUUUCGUAUAUUUCAAUUAUAUGAUACAGAGACGGGCCAAGGGAUUAUGUCGUGGCCCUUGAGCAAAGAGAUGCAGGAAGUAAAUGAGUUAGCCACGGUGUUGAGUAAACAAGAGAUGGAAAAACGAGUGGACGAUGCCAACAAGACGGGGUGUACGCAACAUUCCCAUUUGAGUUCAACCCAUCACAUACCGACGUAUGGAAUAUGUCAAUUCGAAAGAAUUAUCAUCCGGUAUGAACGUUUAACUUUUAGUUCGUUUCAGAUCACACCCAUUAAGCAUACCGUCGCUCCAGGUCAGGCUACACAAGUUGAGCCCAAAGCAUGGCGAGGUCGAUUUGGCGCCUACGAGAAAAAAUGUGAAAAUUGUCAGACCAAUAAAAGUCCUGAAUGGCGUCGAGGUCCCUCUGGGCAUAAAACGUAA